GCUUGGUUUCGGAGGAAGCAACCUGAAGCAACCCUGGCCCUGGGCCUUUGUCCUAGUAGUAGGCAGGCCGGGACACAGAGUUCCCUUCAACUUGUUCUCCCUGCGAACGCCUCCCUUUCUCUCAAAGUGACAUCAGUCCACAGGAGCCAGGUCCAGGGACAAGAGCAAGGUUGCUUGCAAGGGGUGCAAAGUGCAGUGAAGGUUGGAGCCGGUCGUUUUCAAAUUUGUUAAUGGUUUCAUAGAGUAGAGGCGUCACCCUUGUGAACGCUUUCCUUGGGGACCAGACAGGAAAGGCAUACCAGCAGUUGCCAGUUGGACUCCAAGCUAAAUUGGGGAUGGAGUUUCUCAAAGGAGCUGCAGAAGGGAUGGACGUCAUAUCGAUGGGGGUGCAGGCGUGUCCUUUUCUUAGGUCAAUCAUGAAGGACACCAAUGUGGAUCUUGCAAAGGCCCCCGGCGGACCUUCGGCAACCAAAGAUAGGGCUCAAGGCCAGUGCCCUGCGCAGCGGGGCCCCAUCUUCUGUGACGAGCCAAAUUUUGAGUCAACACUAAGAUUGUUCCAUGGUUCUGGGGGAGUUGUUCCGUUGGCAAGGUUCUCAGAGCAGUUGGACAAGUCUGAGGCUCCAGCAAGGGCUAAAGAUAGGGCGUGUCCUAGAACACAAGCCCUAGAUGGUCCGCGGACUGCUCAGCAUCCACUUGCCGCAUCUGCAGCCACAAUCAGCAUCUCUGCCUUUGGGGGAGGGGCUCCCAACCCUUUCAGCUGGGAUGGUUUCAUGGCUGCCAGAAAUAAGCGUACACAGCCAGAACCAGCAAAAUCUGGUCGCCCGGAACCAGCAAAGAGCAGCAGACGCCUUGAGGCAUCAACUGGUGGUAGAGAGCCUGCUUCGCAGUCAGAGACUCUGAAGACUAGAGCAGAGAUUGGGAUUGGUCCAAAACCUCAACAAGCGAAGGCAAGAGCAAAGCCUGCGAAGGCAGUUGCUGCGCCAGAAGCGCCUACGCAGCAGCACGUCCACGGAGAGCCGGUGGAUGCCAAGGAGUGGCUCAGCACAAGCAACUGCCCCAUCGCCAAGAUGCACCGUGUGAUCAUGGAACUGGCCCCCGCAGCAACCGAGCUCUUCCGCAACCCCCAGAACAUCAAACUCAGCUGUCCCGCCCCCAUCAUUGCUGCCAGGGUUGCCCUUUCCAAAACCCCCCCCAUCCGGCAGUUGCGCCCCCAGCCCCUGGAAUGGAAGCUGCUCGCGGUGGGGGGUUCCACACUAGCGGUGAAUGUGCCUCUCGGGAUGUGGAGGGAGCAUGUCGAGAAGUUCUCGCCGGAGUGGUUCGUGGCGGUGCACGCGGCGGUUCCGUUCGUGGCGAUGCUGAGGAAGGCGGUGCUUAUCCCCAAGACGGCAAUGGUGCUCACGAUUUUAGCGGCGAUCCUGGGGCAGGUGAUUGGGUCGCGUGGGGAGCGGUACAGGUUGCAGCAGAAAGCGGCAGCGCAGCGGCAAAUGGCGGCAAGUUCGCCAGGGGGAGGGACGCCUUUCGUCAGAGCGACGGCAGUGCAGCAGCCGGCAAGAGUUCACGCGGAUGUUAGGAGAGCGGAGAGGAUGAAAGCGGAGGGCGACUUGGAGGCGCCGGCAGCCGGAUGUGUUGCUGGCUUGGGGGUUUUCGACCUGUUCUCGGGAAGGGCAGAGGAGCUGGGCUGGACGCCAAGCCGAGUAAAGGGCCGUGGGGUUAGCGGCAAAGCAUGUCGGUCCAGUUGGAAGCUGCCUACUGCGAACGGGCUGGGUUUGGAAGGGAGGUCUACGUGGGUGCACUGAUAAGUGCAGUUCUUGUCGACGCAAGUCAACGCAAUAAGUCAAGCUGUUGCACAUUUGCGGCAGAUUGUUUUGUUACUGCAAUAAUCGACAGCACACUUAUGGAAGUCGCAGAAAGUAUUUCGGAAAAACACAACUUGACUUGAGAGAAAAUUAGGUAGGCAUGAUGGGUGCUCGUUUGAUGUGGUCAAAAUUUGAUAU